CUUUGUUUGUUUUUUGUCCAGGUUUUGAACAAUAGGUUUCUGGCGGGCGCGUGUCGGUAUGCUAAGUCGUAGUCGGGUUCGGUCGAUCGGCCGAAAGAAGAACUUGCAGUCGCCGCGCCCGCAAUUGUUAUAGUUUGGCUCUGCGGAGUUUUAAUGAAACUGGAAAAUCCAAUAUGGCGGACGAAAUGGAAGAAACCCCUCUAAAUUUAUUUUCUCGUUUCGGUAAAGUUUUCGUUUGGAACGCAGACGAUGCGCUUAAGAUACGUUCAAAAUAUCGCAUAGUCGGCUCUUUGAUCGGCUCGUUCCCCCAAAGACCGAGGCAAAAUCACUGUUUCUCCUUGCCGCUUCUCCUUUCGGAAGACGAGGCCACGCUGUUGCUUCACAAAGGACUGGCAAGAAUCUGUAAUACGCCGAAAAGUUUCCCUGCUCCGUCAAAGGAGGAAGUUGAAACGUUUAAUGAGCUACGUCGUGAUAGCGUGGUUAAGCAAAUUGAAUUGUUUCAAAGAGGACGGGAAGAGAAACGACUGGAAUUAGCGAAAGUCAUCGAGGAAGGAAGGCGAAGAAAACGAAAGCGCAAAAAAGGUGAUAAUGCAGGACAGGAAAUCCUCGCCGCAAAAAAACUGAAAAGCGAAGAAAUAAGCAAUAAGAAGGCUGAAGAAUGCACGGAGGAACAAGAGAUUACUCAGUUAAAUGUAAAAUGUGAUGAAGGCAGCAUUGCCACAAAAGGAGAUCUGGAUACAUGCAGCAGAGCUGAAGUUAUGGAAUAUUACCCAGGGACGCCUCCAACUCUAGAUUAUAAAGAACAGGAAACCAAAGAUAGGCUUCAAGAUAAAAGUGAUAUUAAUUAUGAAGAAACAAAGCCUUUUUCAGAACUGGGAACUUUAAUUCACAUUCCAACUGUAAUGCCUCAAAGAUUUCAGUCAUUUCCUUCUGUGGGUUGGACAUACCCUCAAACAGAAAGUGAAAAGCUACAUUAUCGUGUAUUUUUAGACCUCUGGGAGAAAGGUUAUUACUUAACAACUGGUGCCAAAUUUGGAGGUGAUCUGCUUGCAUAUCCAGGAGAUCCCAUGAGGUAUCAUUCAUUUUACAUUGUUAUAAUUAUCCCUUGGGGAAAGAAAGUCACUCCAUUUGAGAUAAUCUCAGCUGGAAGACUGGGUGCUACUGUUAAGAAAACAGCUCUUCUUUGCUCGGUGAGUGACACUAAUGAAGUUGUGUACACAUCUGUGAAGUGGAGUGGAAUAAGCUAAAUAUAUGAAAUCACAAAGUGUCGAUGAUGCAGUUCUACAUUAAGGCCCUGUUUAUGAGGAGGUAGGAUAAUCCUAUUGCUAGGGUUACCCUUGCAAAACGGUUACCCUAGCACUCCCACAAUUAUUCUUUUUUUCAUAGAUGUGUUUACAAGGGAGGUAGGGUUACCCAGGCACUAGGGUAACCCUAGCUGAGCACUAUGGUUACCCCACCUACCUUGCAAAUGUUCUGCUAGAGACAACUCAACUACCCAGGACAACUUUAAUUGGGCUCCAAGAAUCAAAACAUGGUAAUAAUACUGGCAAAACAAACAAAUUGUGACUUCAUAAAGAUUGUAUUCAUUCAAAAUCCUUUUGGUUAUUCUUUGGAUGGAACAAAUUUCAAAUAAUGGCUUUUUGUAACAAAAUUUUUUGCAAUAAUGUUUGUUGCUACGGUCACUGCUACUGUCAGGGAUUUUGAGUGAGCUUAGAAAUAGAAAUGAUUUCAACGAAACUGAGAAACUAUCAAAUUCAA